AUGUCAUCAGAAGAUUCCGUUAUUAAUAGCAGCAAUUCCAAUGGAAUAGAAACAGAGGAAAAUGGAGAAGUUGCGAAUGUAGAUGAGCUUAAAGCAUAUUUCAGGGAUAUUUCAUCUUCAAAUUCUCAAUCAGAAGGCUCAAAGAGAUUUCAAGAUGAUGAGGAAGGAGCAUCUAAAGAGGAUGAUAUAGGAAAGAGUGAUACUGAAAAAGAUGAUUUAAGUGAUUUUAAGUCUUCGAACAAUGAUCAUUCAAUUCAUCAAUUUAGAGAUGUUGAAAACAGCUCAUCAAUAUCGGUUCAGACUGUAGACCCCAAGGCUCAGCUAUAUUCAGCAAAAGAUUGGUCAGACCUUAAUCUUUCACCAGAUUUACUUAAAGGUAUAUAUAAUAAAGGUUUUAAUCGCCCAUCAAAGAUUCAGGCAGCUGCAUUACCACUCAUAUUCAGCUCACCAAUGAAUUUAAUUGCUCAAGCUCAUAAUGGAAGUGGUAAAACGGCAACUUUUGCGUUGGCUAUGUUAGGGAAAGUUGAUACAAAGAUUAUUCAUCCCCAAUGUAUGUGUUUAUGUCCAACUAGAGAGCUUGCACGCCAAAACCAGGACGUUGUUAAUGAACUUGGAAAGUUUACAGGAAUUACAACAUGGCUUGUAGUUGCACAAGGAGAUAAGUAUGAUAAGACUAUUGGGUCACAGAUAAUUAUAUGUACUCCAGGAAAGAUGCAAGACUUUUUAAAGAAGAGAUCUUUCCCGACUGAGUUUAUGAAGUUAAUGGUAAUUGAUGAAGCUGAUGAAAUGAUUGACCACAGAAAUAUGAUGGCUUCACAAGUUGGACAGAUUAGAAAGUUCUUUAGACAGAAUUUACAGAUCCUCUUAUUUAGUGCAACUUAUCAUGAAGAAGUUCGUCUUUUUGCUGAAAAAAUUGUACCGAAUGCAAAUAAGAUUAAUGUUAAAAAAGAAGAGCUAACUUUGAAUACCAUUCAACAAUUCUACGUAAUCUGUAACGAUGAUGCUGAUAAACUCUCAUUUCUAUCAGAUUUAUACGCUUGUAUGUCUAUUGGACAAUCAAUUAUUUUUGUUAAUACUAGAAAAACGGCAUUUUCUAUAGCUGAAAACAUGAGAAAAGAUGGUCAUGCAAUUUCUGUUAUAUGCGGUACUCAGACUAAUUCCGGUGAAAAAAUGGAUCAUGAAGUUCGUGAUCAAGUUAUGGACUCGUUUAGAUCAGGUGAGAGCAAAGUUCUGAUUGCCACUGAUGUUUUGUCUAGAGGUAUUGAUGUUCCUCAAGUUACCCUCGUUAUUAAUUUUGAUAUUCCAAUCAGAUUCAACUCUACAAAUUCGAUUGGUAUUGGCAAUGAUAGUCUUUCUACAGAAGUUGACAAUGAGACAUACUUACACAGAAUUGGAAGAACUGGAAGAUUUGGACUAAAUGGUAUAUCUAUUAACUUUAUUCUUCCUCACCAACUUUCUUUAAUUCAACAAAUCAAAGACUAUUAUAAUUGCAAUAUUCAACUUAUUGAAAAGGAUCUUGAAAAUCUUGAGCAAAUUCUCAAGUCUUUGAGAUCUUGA